GACUGGUCACAGGUCUUGAUGGUUCGGAGCUUACAAAUAGUGAGUGAGUAGAAUUAAGAAUUGUGAGUUGCGAACGAAUUGAAUCCGUAAGAUAAUUGUUGAGAUGAUUUUAUAAACAUGGCUUUGGUCGACGUCACCAAAUCUUGCCUCGAUUCAAUUAGCCAGAUAUCGGAGCAAAUUGAAGGUUCUGUUCUUUACCUAGAUGCUGGAUCUACAGAGAGUUUCCAGUACAUUGGAGCAUUUCCUCUCUUACUCAACCAUGGAGUUCGUGCCAUUUGCAGUUUGGAAAAUAUGUCUUCUCUUGAUGCGGUAGUUGAUUGGAAUGCAAAUUCUGAUCCUGAUAGGAAAGUCGUGGUGGUAACAACUCGUUUGCUAAGUGAUGCACAUCGAUAUAUAUUACGUUGUCUUAGCACUCAUCCAGCUGUCCAUUGUUGUACUAUAUUCACAUCUAUCUCAGAGAUAGCCCAUUCAGCAUAUCCUGAUUCACCUCUGGGACCAGAUGCAUUUCAUGAAUAUGAAUCCUUGCUUGUCCAAGAUUAUGAGGAACUUAUCAAGAAAGGUGUAAAGAAACCCUUACAGCCGGGUGUUAGCAACUUCAAGGAUAAUAUAGAUUUAGGAGAUGAAGGACGGUCACAACUUGCUCCGAGUGAAGAGGACAUAUCUCACCCCCAAGCUAGUUCAACUGCAAGAGAUUCCUAUGGAGAGAAUCUGAUUGCUGAUACAGAAGUAGGGAAAAAUUUGGUUGUUUCUGUGCGUCACUUCCCAAUGAUUAUCUGUCCUUUUUCACCAAGAGUCUUUGUUUUACCUCCAGAGGGAUCAGUUGCUGAAGCAUACUUAUCAGCUAAACAUGAGGAUGCCCUUAGUCCUGGAUUACCCUCCUUAAGUACUGGGUUGCUUUCUGAUGGUGAUGAUAUUCCUCCUGGGGCAACUCUUACAGCAAAUUUUCUUUACCAUUUUGCGGCCAAGUUGGACCUGAAGAUGGAGAUAUUUUCACUUGGUGAUCUCUCAAAAACUGUGGGGAAGAUGUUGACAGACAUGUCAAGUCUUUAUGAUGUUGGUCGCCGUAAACGAUCAGCAGGGCUAUUACUCAUUGACCGUACACUAGAUCUUCUUACUCCAUGCUGUCAUGGAGAUUCACUUGUUGACCGUGUGUUUUCAUCCUUGCCUCGUAGGGAAAAUACAGCAUCCUAUACUCAAAUAAAAACCUCAAAAAGCCAACUAAAACAGGGCCCUUCAAACCUGGAACGUGCUUCUCUUGAUGUUCAGAUACCACUUGCUAAAAUUCUAAGUGAAGAAGAUUGCAAGAUAGAGAACUUUCGGCUAUUAGAAAGCAUUGAAGCUUUUCUAUGUGGGUGGGAUUCUGGAAACUCUGCUUCUCAAGUUUUAGAUCUGAGCAAUCUCAAGAACAAAAUUCAUGAUGAGAAGCUUCCCCAGUUAGAGAAUGAGCUUCUAAGAGGGUCUCUUGUGUCCACUGAAAGUUUUCGAGGAACACCAUAUUUGGAAACUCUACUAGAUAGGAAAACCAAAGAUGGGACCAUACUAGUAAAGAAGUGGCUUCAAGAAGCUCUUCGUCGGGAAAAUAUCUCUGUGAAUGUGAAAUCCCGUCCUGGUUUUGCUACAAAGUCAGAGUUGCAAGCUAUGACAAAAGCACUGGCCAAAUCCCAGUCAUCUCUACUGAAAAACAAAGGAAUUAUUCAGUUGGCAGCGGCCGUACUGGCUGCACUUGAUGAAUCUCAUUCAUCCAGAUGGGAAGCAUUUAGCAAUGCAGAGAAAAUAUUAAGUGUAAGUGCUGAAGACACAAGCCAGAGUCUUGCUGUGCAAAUUGGUGAUUUUAUUAAUAAGAGUGCUUUGUUGGGAUUGCAUGGACAGAAGAAUGGAAAAUUUGGGGUCUCCCAAGGGGUACUUUCUUUUCAGGAUACUUUGUAUCUUAUGAUUUCUGGAUAUAUAUUAGCUGGUGAGAAUUUCCCAACAGCUGGGAAUGAUGGCCCCUUUUCUUGGCAAGAGGAGCAACUAUUGAAAGAUUCUAUUGUUGAAGCAAUUCUUGAAAACCCUUCAAUAGCAAAACUGAAGUUUCUUCAUGGCCUAAUGGAAGAGCUUGAGACCAACUUAAGCAGGAUCAAAUCAGAGGAAAGCAAGGGGACAUCCUCAGAUCAAAUAGAUAUCGAUGAUCUUGAUGACGAUCAGUGGGGUAAAUGGGGUGAUGAAGAUGUUGAUGAUACAAAUAACAGUAAAGAGAAAGUGUAUGAUGACAUGCAGCUGAAGUUGGAGUUGCGUGAUAGGGUGGAUAACCUUUUCAAAUUCCUUCACAAGUUAUCCAGUUUGAAGAGUCGAAACAUACCAUUGAAGGAUGGGGCUUUAGAUUCGGACAAUAAUUUCAGCGGAGAUCCAUAUGCUAGUAGAGGAUUACUUUAUAAGCUUCUAACACGGGUAUUAAGCAAGAAUGAUGUUCCUGGUUUGGAGUAUCACUCUUCUACUGUGGGGCAACUAUUUAAAAGUGGCUUCAGAAGAUUUGGCCUUGGGCAGGCAAAACCAAGUUUAGCCGAUCAAAAUGUCAUCCUUGUAUUUGUUAUUGGGGGCAUCAAUGGUGUGGAGGUUCGCGAAGCUCAAGAGGCAUUAUCUGAAAGUGGAAGACCGGAUAUAGAAAUGAUUCUUGGUGGAACAACUCUCCUAACUCCUGACGACAUGCUUGACUUGCUACUGGGGAAAUCUAGUUAUUUUUGAUGGUUUUAUAGUCUGGAAUACGAUAAAAUCCCAUAGAGAGAGCAAAAUAGGUGUAAUGUAUUGUAUUGUUGGCUACUAUUUCAGGAGCAAUAAAUCUUUUGUUUUUCUUUGAA